AUGGGCAGUAACAACAAAGAUACUGCCAAGUCUCUGAGGCUGAGUGAUAGUAGUAGCAGCUCCCAAGCCAUCCCCACACCCCACCUCUUUCGUAGAAGUGCUAGUACUAGCGCUGCUGGCGCGGACGUUUCGCGGGAGGCGGAAGAAUUUGAAGCGGUGGAGGCGGAAGGAUCAUGGGAUGUUGGGAUGAUGGAAGGGGAAGCGCCGGUCGCGCUCGUGGGAUCCUUCCGGGAAAUGGCGAAUCCGCGCCUGGCAGUAGAUUCUGCUAGUAGCAACAGCCGUGGUGCCACGAGUGAGGGCAUGAGGGCGUUAGAAGCAGAGGCGGCUGCUGUUGCGCUGUCUGAGAGGGGUAAUGAAGGGGAAGCGCCGGUCGCGUUGGUGGGAUCGUUCCGAGAAAUGGCCAUCAGCCAUGGUGAGGGUAGCACUAUGAGAGCUUUAGAAGAAGCGGCUGCUGCUGUUGCUGUAACAGCUACGGCUGCUACUGCUGCUGCUGCUGCUGCUGCUGCUGCUGCUGCUGCUGCUGCUGCUGCUGCUGCUGCUGCUGGUGGUGGUGGUGGUGGUGGUGGUGGUGGUGGUGGUGGUGGUGGUGGUGGUGGUGGUGGUGGUGGUGGUGGUGGUGGUGGUGGUGGUGGUGGUGGUGGUGGUGGUGGUGGUGGUGGUGGUGGUGGUGGUGGUGGUGGUGGUGGUGGUGGUGGUGGUGGUGGUGGUGGUGGUGGUGGCGGUGAACAGGAGGAGAUUAAAAAGAUAGUGAUAAUCGAGGAGACGCAUGCAGCGGAGAGGGGGCAUGCAGAGAGGGGGCAUGCAGAAGGGGAACAGGCUGGCUUCAGACGGAAAGCUGCAUCCAGAGAGGGGACUACAGACUCCCAAUACGAGGAAUCUGACUCAGACCUCAUCUCUCCUUCUAGCCUGCCGUUCUUAUCUGUCUCCCCCCGUCCAUCCUUCGGCCCAGCAGCAUCCGCUCUCUCCCCCACCACCUCCCUCCCCCAUGGCGCCUCGCUCCCCCUCACCCUCCCGCACUCAUCCAUCCUCUCCCCAACCGCCUCCCUACCUGCCAACGCCUCCCUCCCCCCCACCCUCCCGCACUCAUCCACCCUCUCGUCUCCUGCCUCUCGCAGCCUUCGCAAAUUCAGCUCUGGUCCGCUCUUCUCCUCCCUGUCUCGGACCCUGUCCCGCGAUGUGUCUGUUGAGUCAACGCACAAGCCCUUCCGCAAAUUCACUUCCGGUCCGCUCUUCUCCUCCCUGUCCCGAACCUUGUCUCGCGACGUGCCUGUUGAGCCGACCCAAAAGGCCGCCAGCAAAAUCAGCUCUGGCCCGCUCCUCUCCUCCCUCUCCCACACUUUGUCCCGCUCUCGCUUCAAGCACCUGCUUUCUCCGCUCCUCUCCAACCCUUCCAAGCCUGGCACAGAGGCUGGGGGGAACGCCGCUGGCUCGAAUCAAGAUCCACCACCACAAGAUUGUGGUACAGAUUUCGGGGUAGCCUUGGAAACAGGUUCGGGUCUGCCGAAGCAAGUGCCCCGGUCUGCUUCUGCUGUGGAUGCUGGGGAGGUGAAUUCCAAGGCAAGGCAGAACUGGUUGAAAGUGCUGCGUGUGCCCAGAGCUGGUGUGCUGGGUGGAGGCUCCAAGGGGUGA